GAGCAGCAGCAGCAGCAGCAGCAGCAGCAGCGUCACGAUCACUCACAUUCCACCGUGGGAAAUUCGGCGAAAGAUCCGCCGCCGCUCCCUCUACCACGUGCCCAGCACCUCCACUUUUGUUUUUUUCGGAAUAUUGCGUGCUCGACGUGUGUGUGUGUGCUUAUAUGAACAUCAUUGUCAACCAUUCUUGUCUCUCUUGACACCAUCGUCGGACAGCUCUUCAUCUCUCUCACACUACUACCAACUUACACCUCUCACUCACUCUCUCACUCCCUCGCAAGCUCGCACAAUGGCUGCUCUUCGUCUCGGAGAUAUCGCUCCCGAUUUCGAGGCUGACACUACCAUCGGUCACAUUCGAUUCCACGACUACAUCAAGGACUCUUGGGCCAUCCUCUUCUCUCACCCUGAUGACUUUACUCCCGUGUGCACUACCGAGCUCUCGGCUGUCUCCGUUACCGGCGAGGAGUUUGCCAAGCGAGGCGUCAAGAUGCUUGGACUGUCUGCCAACAACGUCGACUCUCACCACGAAUGGGUUAAGGACAUCAACAACCUGAACCCUAGCGCCCCCCAGCUCGAUUUCCCCAUUAUCGGUGACAAAUCUCGAGAGAUCGCUACCACCUAUGGCAUGCUCGACAAGCAAGACUUGACAAACGUUGAGAAGUCGACCGGAUUGCCUUUCACAGUGAGGCUAGUCUACAUCGUUGAUCCCAAACAAACCAUCCGACUCAUGUUGGCCUACCCAGCUAGUGUUGGACGAAACUUUGCCGAAAUCUUGAGAUGUAUCGAUGCUUUGCAGUUGGGAGACAAGUACAAGAUCACCACUCCUGCCAACUGGAAGGUCGACUUCAAUGGCAAAACUGAAGAGCGAGUGAUUGUGCAUCCCAGUGUACAAGGCGAAAAGGUCAAGGAGCUGUUCGGGGAUAAUGUGGAGACUGUCUACCCUUACCUUCGUUUCACUACCAACCCCGAACAAAAGCAAAAGGCAUAAGUGACAAAUGGACGAUGGUGGCAGAAGUGUGUCUGCGACUUAGAAGUCGAGAGGCGGUCGUAUCCUUGUGUAUAGUAGGGUAAAUCCGUCACUCAUAGAAUUAUGCAUCGGUGUAUUUUA